CAGAGCUCUUCAUAUUUCAUCCAGAGGAGCGCAUGGAUCCGGGCUUAGGCACACUGCCCGCCGCUGUCCUGGAUGCUGCACAGAUUGAGACCGGAGGCUGCUGCAUCCCUCUAGUUGAACAUAUCGUACACAGCACUGAUAACAGGACUGUGACAGCUUGAACUGAGCAGACAGAGGUAACGUUACGGCACAGGAGCUGCUGUUUCGUGUACAGUACCGGUGUAGACAGUACGGGGAGAUGGAGCGGUGGAAAGGCAGAGUGGCCCUGGUGACCGGAGCCUCGGUGGGCAUUGGAGCGGCUGUAGCCCGGGCACUGGUCCAGCAAGGCAUGAGGGUUGUCGGCUGUGCCAGGAGUGUCGAAAAAAUAGAGAAGCUGGCAGCAGAAUGCCAGAGUGCAGGCUACAGUGGCACACUGAUCCCUUACAAGUGUGACCUGUCCAACGAGGAGGAGAUCCUGUCCAUGUUUUCCGCCAUCAAGACACUGCACAAGGGCGUGGACGUAUGCAUCAACAAUGCGGGGCUGGCCCACAACGAGCCCUUGCUCAGCGGAAAGACAGAGGGCUGGAGGAACAUGAUCGAUGUGAAUGUCUUAGCCUUGUCUAUCUGCACCCGUGAGGCGUACAAAUCAAUGAAGGAGAGGAAUGUGGACGAUGGCCACAUCAUCAAUAUUAACAGUAUGGGUGGGCACCGAGUGGUGCCAAGUGCUGACGAGCAUUUCUACUGUGCCACUAAAUACGCUGUGACUGCUUUGACUGAGGGGAUACGGCAAGAGCUUCGGGAAGCCAACACCCACAUCAGAGCCACAUGUAUAUCUCCUGGAAUUGUAGAGACUGAGUUUGCCUUCAGGCACCACAACAGUGAUCCAGAGAAAGCAGCGGCAGUGUAUGAGAGUAUGAAAUGUUUGAAAGCAGAAGACAUAGCCAGUGCAGUCACAUUUGUCCUCAGUGCCCCUCCUCAUGUCCAGAUUGGCGAUGUGCAGAUGAGGCCAGUAGAGCAGGUGUCAUAGCAGUGGAACAGGAAGCUGCAGGAGGAGCAGACAGACAGCAGCCAUGGUGACUCCUUAGCGACCUCUGCUGGGCAAAGGGGGGAGGGGUGGGGAUAAAACAAAUCAACUACAGCUGUGUUGGAUCUACAGGGAUGUGGUCAAAGAGGGCUGGAGCCUUAAGGAGGCUGUGCAAGGAAAUGAAGGGCUUGGACUUAAACUGUAAACCACUACAAAAAUACUACUGAAUGCAGCAACCUGGUAUUUGUGAAUUGUUGAGCCCAGUCCGCAACUGAGCUGACUCCAAACUACAGUAGGAACAAAUAACAAAAGGAGAGAGUUGCUGCUGUGCUAUGUGGGCGCAGCCAUCACUUCAGAGGGAAGAGUAUGCCAUUGAUUGCACAUGUUUCUUUGUUUUUUUUGUUUUUUUGUUUUUGUAGUUCAUAUGACAUAUCUUUUUUGAAAUUAAAUGGGAAGAGUAAUUGCUGUUUAUAAGAAUGACCUUUUUUUGUUUGUUUAAUUUUUUUAUAAAUAUUUUAACUUUUGAUCAUUGGUAGAUGUGGUCUGAUACUCACUAACCAUAGACACUACUAUGUCGUACUCACUGUAACUAACCGUCAGCAGUCCAUCCUGCCACCUUUACUCACCAUAUGUUUUCACACACACAUUCAGUUGCCCUGGUUUGGAUCUACCCAGUUUUCAACCCCAUAUAAGGAAUCAGGAAAAUUAUAUAAGAGAGAUACCCUUGUCUAUUAAGCACACAAGUUUCUACAAUCCACCCUUUUGCCUGUGUAAUUUCAGUUGUUCUGCACUUUGGAUUCAUUUAUGAGGACUUAUGAGGAGGAAACACUGGCAACUUACGUAGGGGAAGAAACUAACUCUGUGCACAUGUAUACCCUAAAAAUGUGUACCUUUCAGUGGAAAUUUCUCCUUUUAAUGAAUAAAUAAAAACAAUUGCCCAGAA